GUUGACAGCCCGAUAGACACAGGCAGGGCUCCGGUGACAAGAAGAGCUCAGCAAAUGAAAGGCGGACAGAGGAGGGAGUGAAGGAAGGAAGAGUUAGGAGAAGGCAGGCACAAUCCUCCAGCAGAGAGAGCAAAGGAAAGAGUGAGCAGAAAGUAGUGCGGAGACAAUAGAUGUGAAGGAAGCAAGGGAGGGAGGACACAGCUCAGCUUGGGAUUGUCUGCAGAUUUUGGGGGGGAAGAAUGGAGAGGAGGGGAGAAGAGUGACCCCCAGACAACACUAUGCUCCGGAUCACAUUGGCUGGAAGUCUAGUCUAGUCUCAGGCUGCAGGAAGGGUGGAGAGUCCUAACACAGCAGUUGUCUCCUCUCCAGGUGAUCAUGUUCCUCUUGGCUUGUCUUUGUCUCUGCCUGCCUCCUCUGCUCCAUGGCUGGACAAGUUUUCAGCACCAGAUCCCGGCCACUUACAGGAGUUCCUCCCAAGUUUUCCACAUCGCUGCAGAGAGCCCUCCGCUGUCAGAGAGCGCGGAGAACAAAGUGGAGAAGCUGGGCCAGUCCUUCAAGAAGAACAUCAGGAGGCUGAGGGAGAAGAGCCGACACCUGGACAUGGUCUUCUUGGUGGACGAGUCUUCUAGCGUGGGCCAUGCCAACUUCGUCAGCGAGCUCAGGUUCGUCAAGAAGCUGCUCUCUGAUUUCCCAGUGGUGCCUUCUGCCACCAGAGUGGCCAUUGUCACCUUUUCCUCCAAGAACAACGUGCAGACCAGGGUGGACUAUAUCUCCAGUAGCCACUCUCACCAACACAAGUGUUCUCUGCUCAACACAGAGAUCCCCGCCAUCACCUACAAGGGUGGAGGGACCUACACCAAGGGGGCCUUCCAACAAGCAGCGCAAAUACUCAGGCACUCCCGUAGUGAUUCAGACAAAAUUAUUUUCCUCAUCACCGAUGGCUACUCAAAUGGCGGGGACCCUAGACCUGUGGCUGCCAGUCUUCGGGAGCUUGGAGUGGAAAUCUUCACAUUUGGAAUAUGGCAGGGCAAUAUUCGGGAGCUGCACGACAUGGCAUCUCAACCAAAGGAGGAGCAUUGUUAUCUGUUACAUAGUUUUGCUGAGUUUGAGGCACUGGCUCGACGUGCAUUACAUGAAGAUCUACCCUCUGGGAGUUACAUUCAAGAAGACAUAUCUCAUUGCUCUUAUUUGUGUGACGCUGAAAAAGAUUGUUGUGAUGUUAUGGCAAGUUGUAAGUGUGGUACCCACACUGGCCAAUAUGAAUGCAUUUGCGAAAAAGGAUACUAUGGAAAAGGCUUGCAGUAUGAAUGCACGGCUUGUCCAUCUGGAACCUACAAACCUGAGGGUUCACCUGGAGGAGUGAGCACCUGCAUUUCGUGUCCUGAUCCAAAUCACUCAUCACCACCUGGAAGCACAUCAGUGGAGGAUUGUGUAUGUAAAGAAGGAUAUGAACAAGAUGGCCCCACUUGCAAAGUUGUUCGCUGCCCUGAGUUGCUGCCCCCAGAGAAUGGCUAUUUCAUACAGAACAUCUGCAACAAUCACUUUGAUGCGGCUUGUGGAGUCCGAUGCAAGACGGGGUUUGAAUUAGUUGGAAGCGGUAUUCGGCUUUGUCAACCAAAUGGACUAUGGUCUGGCUCAGACGCUACCUGCAGAGUUCGUACAUGUCCAACAUUACGGCAGAUUGAAAAUGGCAGAACAAACUGUACAUCCAGUGAUACAUCCUAUGGGUCUGUGUGCUCUGUAACGUGUAAGGAUGGAUAUAAGCUUGAAGGGACUUCUAAACUGGUUUGUCAAGGAAACGCACAAUGGGAUGCGAGGGAACCGCGCUGCACAGAGAUUCACUGCCCUGUUUUUAAAAAGCCUAAAAAUAUCCUUAUAUUACCAACAACCUGUGGCAAAGCACUUGCAUCAUAUGCAUCAGUCUGUUAUCUGAGAUGUCAAAAAGGCUUUGUAUUAUCUGGAGUCAGGGAAGAGAUUAAAUGUCUUUCCAAUGGUAAAUGGAGUGAAGAUGUCCAAGUUGGCAUAUGCAAAGAUUUUGAACCUCCCGAAAUCACAUGUCCAAGCAAUAUUCAUAUUGAAAAUAUUCAGCAUCAGAAUGUAGCCCAAGUCAAUUGGGAAAUUCCACAAGCAAGAGAUAAUUCUGGAGAAGAGGUGACAAUUGAGGUUAGCCCAGCCUUUCUACCACCUCACAUGCUUCCGAUUGGUAAUGUCUCUGUGACAUAUACAGCAACUGACAGUUCUGGCAAUCAAGGUAGCUGCACAUUUAACAUCAAGGUAAUAGAUGUAGACCCUCCUGUUAUUGACAGAUGCAGGUCACCUCCAGCAAUUCAAGCUACUGACAACAAGCAUCGUGCAACAUGGGAGGAGCCACAGUUCUCUGACAACUCAGGUUCUCCUUUAACUAUUACAAAAACACACUCACCUGGAGAUAUUUUCCCCCAAGGCGAAACGAUUGUUGAGUAUGUUGCAACCGAUCCAUCUGGCAACAGCAGAACUUGUCAAAUUCAUAUUGUCAUUAAAGGUUCACCUUGUGAGAUUCCCACCACUCCUCAGAAUGGAGAAUUUGUCUGUUCCAAGGAUACAGAUGGCGUUAAUUGCACAAUAAAUUGUAAGGAGGGAUAUGAAGUUGCAGAAGGUGCAAUCCAGAAUUUCUACUGCACUUUUAAAGAUGGUCUGUGGAUGCCACCUCAAUCAGCAGACUGGCCAGAUUGUUCUGUGAAGCGGUUUGCUAAUCAUGGAUUUAAAUCCUUUGAAAUGCUGUAUAAGGCCACACGGUGUGAUGACUCCAGCCUACUGAAGAACUUUGCAGAUGCCUUUCAGACAUCACUAGGUAAAAUGGUCCCUUCCUUUUGCAAUGAUGUUGAUGAUAUUGAUUGUCGACUUGAGGAUCAGUAUCAAAGGCAGUGUCUUGAAUACAACUAUGACUAUGAGAAUGGAUUUGCUAUAGGACCAGGUGGAUGGGGAGCUGCCAAUAGACUAGAUUAUUCCUAUGAUGAUUUUUUUGAUGUGACAGAGGAUGAACCGAGGGAAAAGUCUGCAUCUGACUCUACAUCAUUACUAAGAGUGAAAAGGCAAAAACUGAAUAUCCCUGCUACCGAUCAGAAAGUGAAGUUUAUUUUUAACAUAACAGCAAGUGUACCUUUGCCAAAUAGAAGGAACGAUUCUCUGGAAUCAGAUAACCAGCAGCGCCUUCUUAAAACUUUAGAAACUAUAACGAAUCGGCUAAAGAGGACUCUUCGAAAGGCCCCCCUAUACUCCUUCCAGUUUUCCUCGGAGAUGAUUAUUGCAGAUAGUAACUCACUGGAGGAAGGAAGGGCAGUUCUUUUCUGCAGGCCAGGUUCUGUAUUAAAAGGACGGAUGUGUGUAAACUGCCCAAAGGGUACAUUUUAUUCCCUUGAACAUAACAUGUGUGAAAGUUGCUGGAUUGGCUCAUACCAGGGUGAAGAGGGCCAAAUGGACUGCAAAAGCUGCCCUGUUGGCACUUACACUGAGUACCUCCACUCAAAGCGUAUAUCUGAAUGCAAAGCUCAAUGCAAGCCAGGCACUUACUCAUCAAAUGGUCUGGAGACCUGUGAGUCUUGUCCACAUGGCACAUACCAGCCAGUGAUGGGAUCCAAGUUCUGUCUUGCCUGUCCAAAAGGAAUGUUGACAGUUAAAAGGGGAUCUUUGGAUGUCUCGGAAUGUGGAGUUCCAUGCCACGCUGGUGAAUUUUCUCGGACUGGAUUGGUGCCAUGCUAUCCUUGUCCCAGGGACUACUAUCAGCCAGAACCAGGGAAAUCGUAUUGCCUGUCAUGUCCGUUUUACGGAACAACAACUAUGACUGGUGCCAGGUCGAUAACAGACUGUUCAAGUUUUGGCUCCAGCUUCUCGGCAGCGGAGGAAAGCGUAAUGAUUCCCAUUUCUCCACAAAAUGUCAACAGCAAAUACAAAGUCAGCAGUCAGGUUUUUCACGAUUGCUUUUUAAAUCCAUGCCAAAACAGUGGAACUUGCAAACAAGUUGGAAGUGGAUACACCUGCACAUGUCUUAAAGGCUACACAGGUACAAAAUGUGAAAUCAACAUUGAUGACUGCAAAUCCAUGCCUUGCAGAAACAAUGGAAUUUGUAAAGAUGGCAUUGGAAAAUUUGAUUGCCAAUGCGCUGCUGGCUUUAGAGGUGCCUUGUGUGAAGAAAACAUAAAUGAGUGUGCUUCACAUCCAUGUACAAAUGAGGGAAGCUGUGUGGAUGGAGUGAACAUGUUUCAUUGUCGAUGUCCAAAUGGAUUUCUGGGUACGCGUUGUGAAAUAGAAAUAGAUGAGUGUUUGUCAAAGCCUUGUCUAAACAAUGGAGAAUGCAGAGACCUGAAAGGAGAUUUCCAGUGUGUUUGUCCUCCUGGGUAUGCAGGCAAAGUGUGUGAGCAGAACAUUGACGAGUGCCAAAGUGGUCCUUGCAAGAAUGGAGCCACCUGCACAGAUGGAAUUGACAGCUACAGUUGUCGUUGUCUUGAUGGCUUCACUGGAAAGUUCUGUGAAAUUAACCUUGACGAAUGUGUAUCUAGCCCCUGUCUUAACCAUGCAAAAUGUAUAGACGGCAUAAACUCCUACACUUGUAAAUGCCCGCCAGGAUUUUCUGGAAGCAGGUGUGAAACAGAACAGCCUUCUGGAUUUAAUCUGGAUUUUGAUGUUUCUGGUAUAUAUGGCUAUGCCAUGCUUGAUAACCAUUUACCUUCACUGGAUGCCAUCACCUGUGCCUUUUGGAUGAGGUCCACAGAUGUCACAAAUUAUGGGACACCAAUAUCAUAUGCCAUUGAAAAUGGCAGUGAUAACGCGUUCCUACUCACAGAUUAUAAUGGGUGGGUACUUUAUGUCAAUGGGAAGGAGAGAAUAACUGACUGCCCUUCAGUGAAUGAUGGUAGAUGGCAUCACAUUACAGUCACCUGGACAAAGAGUGAUGGUUCUUGGAAGGUGUACAUUGAUGGAAGACUGUCUGAUGGUGGAAAAGGACUAUCUGUUGGAAUGCACAUCCCUGGUGGGGGAGCAUUAGUCCUUGCACAAGAGCAAGAUCAAAGGGGAGAAGGUUUUAACCCAGCAGAAUCUUUUGUGGGAUCACUCAGUCAGCUUAAUAUUUGGGAUUACCCACUUUCACCAGAACAGGUGAGAUCGUUGGCUACAUCAUGUCCAAAUGAUCUCCAAAAAGGAAAUGUGUUAGCUUGGGCCGAUUUCCUGCCAGGCGUGGUUGGAAGGGUUAAAGUGGACCACAAGAGUAAAUUCUGCUCAGACUGUCCAUCCUUGGAGGCAUUUUCACCACAUUUGCGCACGUUGACCAGUGACCUUAAGCCAGGUUCCAGGAUCAGUCUGUUUUGUGACGCAGGAUAUCAGAUUGUAGGCAGUGCUGAACAACGGUGCCUGAAUCUGGGAGAAUGGGAUCAACCCCGGCCAAGAUGUGAAAGGAUCAGCUGUGGAAAACCUCCUCAUUUGAGAAAUGGCAUUAACAGUGAUGAAGAUUUCUUUGCUGGAAGCACAGUGACCUAUCAGUGUAACAGUGGAUACUACCUCCUGGGAGACUCCCGGAUGUUUUGUACAGAUAAUGGAAGCUGGGUUGGCACUUCACCUAAAUGUCUUGAUGUUGAUGAAUGUGCAGUUGGGUCGGAUUGUGAUAAACACGCGUCGUGUACAAAUACUGAAGGCUCUUACAUAUGUACCUGUAUCUCUCCCUAUACUGGCGAUGGAAAGAUGUGUUUAGAACCUUUGAAGUGUAAAGACCCUGGUGAAUUUGAAAACGGUAACUUUACUGGUAAAGAGUUUGGUGUUGGGAGUGAGCUGACCUUUGCAUGCAAUGAGGGUUACAUCCUGAUUGGCAGAGAUAAGGUGAUAUGCUUGGAGUCGGGUAACUGGAAUGCUGAAAUACCACACUGCCAAGCUGUGUCUUGUGAUCAAACACCAGUUCCAGAACAUGGUAGCAUUGUGGGCUCCAACUUCACUUACGGAAAAAAAGUUAUUUUCAGAUGCAAUGAUGGGUACAUCCUAACUGGCCAUGAAGAGAGUAUGUGCCUUGCUGAUGGUUCCUGGAGUCAUGGAGCACCAACCUGUGAAUCAGUCACAUGCGCUAAACCAAAGGAAAUAGCUUUCGGAAAUCUUACCAUUAGUGGCUUAACAUUUCAGUCAACUGCAUCGUAUAUAUGUGACACAGGAUACAGCUUGCAGGGUUCUUCAUCUCUGGUGUGUGAAUCUUCAGGGAAAUGGAGUAAUGUUGCUCCAACCUGCAAGCUUUUAUCAUGCGGACUUCCUCCAAUUGUUAAAGAUGCCAUCUCCAAAGGAAAAGAGUUCACAUUUGGAAAUUUAGUGACCUACACUUGCAAAGAAGGGUACACUUUAGUUGGUCCAGAAACUAUAAGCUGCCUGUCUUCUGGAAAAUGGAGUGCUAGCAUUCCACAAUGUAUGGCUGUAUCUUGCGAUGAGCCCCCAAAUGUGAACCAUGCUUCCUCAGACAGUGCACAUCGGCUGUAUGGAGAUACUGCAUAUUAUUACUGCUUGGAUGGGUACAGUAUGGCUGAUAACAGUAAAAUGCUUUGCAAUGCACAAGGAAAGUGGGUACCACCUGAUGGUAAAGCAAUACCCCAUUGCAUAGCUGAUUUCUGUGAAAAGCCCUUGGAGGUUCCAUAUGGCAUCCUAGAAUCUAUCAGCAAAGCAAAGUUUGUAUCUGGCACAACAGUGAGUUUUAAAUGCAUGGAAGGCUUUGUAUUAAACACAACAGGCAAAAUUGAGUGCCUGCGAGGUGGAGAAUGGAACCCAUCACCAUCCACUAUCCAUUGUAUACCUGUCCGCUGUGGAGAACCACCUAGGAUGAAAAAUGGUUAUGUCAUUGGAAACAAUUACAGCUUUGAUGCUGUAGUAGCUUACAGCUGUAAUAAAGGAUAUUACAUAAAAGGGGAAAAGAAACGAACCUGUCAAGCCUCUGGAGAAUGGAGUGGUCGUUUGCCAACUUGCCAUCCAGUAUCCUGUGGUCAGCCACCUGAACUUGAAAAUGGAGUUAUAGAGAACAAAACUGGAAUUGUGUUUGAGGAUGAGGUUACUUAUUCCUGCAAACCUGGAUAUGAACUAGUCGGCAACCCUAAAAGAGUAUGUCAGUUUAACAAACAGUGGUACAGUGAGUCCGUACCAAGCUGUGUUCUACUUAGCUGUGAAAAACCACCACCUAUUAAACAUGGAUAUGUUAAAGGAGCAACUAUAGAUGUUGGUUCAAAAGUUGAAUUUAUGUGUGAUGAGGGAUAUGAACUUAUUGGAGAUGCUAGUUGGACUUGCCAAAAAAAUGGAAAGUGGGACAGAAAACAAGUGCCCACUUGUGUUCCAUCAAAAUGUGAAGAUCCACCAUUGUUACAAAACCAGCUGGUCUUACAAGAAAUAACAAGUGAAAUAGGAGUUGUGAAAUUUUCUUGUAGAGAGGGCUAUGUUCUGCAGGGCUCCUCUGUGUUGCGAUGUUUGCCUUCUCAGCUCUGGAAUGACACUUUUCCUGUGUGUAAACUUGUAGUCUGUCCCCAACCUCCAGAUGUUGAUUUUGGAGACCCAAAUUUUGAAGACCCAGAGUUAAUGCCUACUUUUCAUUACGGUAGCAAGGUGAAUUAUUCUUGUAUGGAUGGAUUUUUACUUAAAGGAAAAGCUGCAAUAUCAUGUAAUGCAGAUGGUAUAUGGAGUUCUGAUCUUCCAAGCUGUGUUCCUGUAGAGUGUCCUCAACCAGAUGAAAUUCUUAAUGGAAUUGUUGAUGUUCAAGGACUUACUUUUCUCAGCUCGGUUCAUUACACUUGCAAACCUGGGUUUGAAUUAAUGGGAAACACCAAAUUGAUCUGUGGAGCAGAUGGUCACUGGAUUGGUGAGAUACCAGUCUGUAAACCUAUUAAAUGCCCUCCAGCCAAGGAAAUUCCAAAUGGCAGAAGUUCCUCUCAAAGCCUUCAUUUUGGACAAACUGUAACUUACUCAUGUAACAAAGGAUUUAGGCUUAAAGGACAGAAUAUUCUUACUUGUUUGGAAACAGGAGAAUGGGAUGCUAUUACCCCUAAUUGUAAAGAGAUAUUCUGUGAUCCUCCUGAAGCUAUUGAUAAUGGAUUUGUAGAAGGAGCUGACUAUAGAUAUGGCGCUGUUAUUAUUUAUAGUUGUAUGCCAGGAUUUCAGCUGACUGGGCCUGCCAUACAAACUUGUGAAGACUUGGGCUGGUCCAGUUCUGCUCCAAUGUGCGUGCAUACGGACUGUGGUCUGCCACCCCAUAUUGACUUUGGUCAAUAUACUAAGGCUCAGGAAUAUAUGUGGAAUGAGGAUUUAAAGAAUGAAAUGUUUGAUGGUGCAAUAACUACCCAAACUCCAAAUGGCAAUCGCUCAAUGAUCAAUGAAGUCUCAGAUUUCUUAUAUGGGACAUAUAUCAUAUAUACUUGUUAUCAUGGGUAUGAAAUUUUGGGUAUACCACUUUUAGCUUGUCAGGAGGAUGGAACUUGGAAUGGAAGUGCCCCUGUGUGUGCCCCUAUAGAAUGCAGCAUACCAAUAGCUCCUGUAAAUGGCAUGGUACAUUACACAGAAACAACCCUUGACAGCACUGCGCAAUACAAAUGCAAUUCAGGGUAUGAACUAAUUGGAUCAGAUAAGAGCACAUGCUUGUCUAUCAGAAAAUGGAGUAACGAAGUGCCUCAGUGUGCUAUGAUCUUAUGUAAAGUACCCAACGUAAUAUUAAAUGGAUACACAGAAGCAUUAAAUUAUUCAUUUACUAGCGAAGUACAUUAUAAAUGUGAGUUGGGCUUUAAAUUACAUGGACCAAGCAAAAGAACAUGCCAAGAAAAUAAACAUUGGGAUGGGGAGGAACCUAUCUGCAUUCCUGUUUCCUGUGGGCAGCCGCCAGCACUGAUAAAUGGCCAUGUUUUAGGAAAGGAUUAUAGUUAUGGGAAAGAUGUUGAAUAUGAGUGUCAUGAAGGCUACAUGCUUAAAGGAGACAAAAAGAAGACAUGUCUUGAAAAUGGACACUGGAGUGGAGUAAUGCCAUCUUGCACAGAGAUUAUAUGUGAAAAGCCAAAUGCUUUGGAUGAUGGAGAAAUAGCUGGAAUGGAAUACGGUGUUGGAAAACAAAUACUUUUUAAAUGCAAUCAGGGGUAUGACUUGAAAGGUGCAUCAUUGCUUACUUGUCAGGAAAAUGGGACAUGGGAUGCUCGAAAACCCCUGUGUGAACCAAUAGAUUGCGGACCUCCAGAAGAUAUUUCACAUGGUUUUCUUAACGGCUCAAGCUUUAGUUACAAUCAACAAGUUCACUACGCAUGUUUCUCUGGUUAUGAGAUACAUGGAAGUGCAACACGACAGUGCUUAGCAAAUGGUUUGUGGAGUGGAAUUACCCCCACUUGUCUAGCUUGUGAAUGCCCCAAACCUUCUAUUCAAAAUGCAGUGGUCAUUGGAGAAGAUUUUAGCUGUGGGCAGUUAAUCAAAUUUAAAUGUAAAGAUGGAUUCAAGCUGCUUGGACCUUCUGAACUCAGCUGUCACUCAGCUGGAAAGUGGAGCUUGGGUUUUCCAGUCUGUGGUAAGGUCUCUUGUGGUACUCCACCCAUUAUUUCUCAUGCCUUUGUUAAUGGGAGCAGCUUAAUUGCUGAGAAUGCCAUCUCAUACAGCUGCGAGACUGGAUAUGUAAUGCAAGGAAUAUCAGAUCUCAUCUGCACAGAAGAGGGGCAAUGGAGUGGACUAUAUCCCAACUGUCAGUUGUUAUCUUGUGGACCACCACCCAAACUUCCUAAUACUUUUACAACCAGUGAUUCUUAUACCUACGGAAGCAUUAUGGAAUACCGGUGCCAAGAUGGUUAUAUAAUGGAUUCAAAUACAGCAACGAAAACUUGUCUGGAAGAUGGUUUUUGGUCAACAGAGGAAAUUUUAUGCAUUCCCAGAAAAUGUACACUACAGACAAACACAGUAAAACUAAAGGCAGAUUAUGAUAUUAAUAAAACAAUAACUGUUGAUUGCAAACCUGGCUAUACAUUAUCAGGACCAAGUACCUCAACUUGUAUGACUGAUGGUAACUGGUUACCUCCAUUAAGUGAUGACGUAUGCUCUCCGAUAUCAUGUGAAAAGCCAGCAGCCCCAAACCAUGGAUCAGUGCUUGGAACACGAUUCAUCUACCAAGACACCGUUUUGUACCAGUGUAAUGCAGGAUAUGAAAUAGAGGGACCAACUGAAAGAGUUUGUGAAGCUAACAAAUCAUGGAGUGGAGAAGAACCUCAGUGCAAAAGAAUCUCCUGCAACCCUCCAGAACCAUUGAAAAAUGGGAUUAUCCAAGGCAUUAAUUAUUUUUAUGAAGAUGAACUUCACUAUAGUUGCAAUCAAGGCUUUGAACUUCUUGGGCCAAGUCGAAGGAUCUGUCAUGUGGAUAAACUGUGGCGCCCCUCUACCCCUCCUACGUGUGUGAGUGUAACCUGCGUGCCUUAUCCAGUUAUAGAGAAUGCCAUUUCUGUUUCAAGAGGAAAUACAUAUAGUAGUAAUAUCACCUACAUAUGCAAUCCUGGUUAUCAUCUUGUUGGCCCAGAGAAUAUGACAUGUCUUGCUGAUGGAACAUGGAGUCAACCUCUGCCAACUUGCAAGGAAACAAGAUGUGAAACUCCAAGUCAGUUAGAUAAUGGAUAUACUGAAUAUGACAAUGUAACUGUUGGAAGCAGUGUAAAAUACGAGUGUCUUGAUGGAUAUAGCCUGGAUGGUGAACAUAUAGCAGAGUGUACAGGAAAUGGAAUAUGGAGCUAUCCCACACCUGUCUGUAAACCAAAUCCUUGUCCUGUGCCAUUUGUUAUCCCAGAGAAUUCAGUUGUGACAGAGACAGAGUUUUAUGUUGGCCAGAAAUUGUAUAUAAAAUGUAGAAAGGGAUAUCGACUUGUGGGCCACGAUGUUAUGACGUGCCAUGCUGAUGAAACCUGGACAGAAGCAAAUGCCAAAUGUGAAAAAAUUUCUUGUGGACCUCCAAUUUAUGUGCCAAAUGCAAUGGUGCGUGGACUAUUCCACCAUUAUGGAGACAUGGUGACAUAUUCUUGUUACAGUGGAUAUAUGUUAGAGGGAUCAAUUAGGAGUGUUUGCUUGGAAAAUCAGACAUGGACUACACCUCCAUCCUGUAAAGCUGUGUGCAGGUUUCCCUGUCAGAAUGGUGGUGUAUGUGAAAGACCAAAUGCAUGUUCAUGCCCUGAAGGCUGGAUGGGACGGCUCUGUGAAGAACCGAUUUGUAUCCUACCGUGCCUCAAUGGUGGUCGCUGUACAGCACCAUACAAAUGUGAGUGUCUGAAUGGAUGGACUGGAUCUCGCUGUCAUCUUGCUGUGUGUCAGACACCAUGUCAAAAUGGCGGCCGGUGUGUGAGACCAAAUAGGUGCAACUGUCCUCCAAGCUGGUCAGGACCUGACUGUUCUAGGAAAAGAAAAAAUGGGUUUUCGCCUUUCUAGCCAUAAAUUGAUUUUGUUGCACAAAAGAAACUCUAUUUUUCCCAGGAUCUAAUCUGGAGUUCAUUUUAAUUCAAAUUGGAGUGCCAUAAUGUGAUAUAUUUUCUUAUGCUUGUGUAUUUUUUAAGGUUCGUCUGUAUUUUCAUAUGCAAAUGUAUGUAUUAUUAAUAUGCUGCUCAAGAUUGAAUGUUAAUUGAAGAUGGUUUGUGUAUAUAUUUUCCCCCAGUAUUGCAGUUCAUCUAAAUACUAUGUGUGUGUAUAUGUACUUUGCUGCCUAAGGCAACUGUAAGGAAUAUACUUGUGAUGGCACAUAAAUAUAGUAAGCAAAAAAUUGCAAUUCAAAUAUUAGUAUGGUGAAAAAGAUUAAUGUUUACCUAUUUAAUAUAUCUUUGUUGUUUUAUUGUUAACUGAAAACCGAAAUCAGCACAAAACCUGUUUAUUUUUAUUUUUUCAAUGUGUUGUUGAUAUCAGUUAUCAUACGAAACAUUACACAUUUUAUAAUAAAAAGAUAGAACUUUUUUUGUUA